AUGUGCGGCGACUAUAUCUGCAGCGCAGGCGGUGACGCCAUGGUGCGCGUGUGGCAGGUGUCUGACCUGUCCCUGGUGCGCGUGCUGCGCGGCCACAGGGGCAGCGUUCUGUCGCUGCUGUCGCUGGGACACCUGCUGCUCAGCGGCGCGAGAGACAACGCCAUCAGGGUGUGGGACAUGGAGAUGGACAUGAUGUGCCGCCGCACCCUGCUGGGCCACAAAGAUGACGUCACUUCCCUAUCAGCCCUCGGCCUCCGCCGCCGCCCCCGCGCCGCGCCCGGCGCCGCACCGCUGGGCAUCGCCAGCCCCCGCACGAGCGCCUGCGGCGGCGGCGGCGGCGGGGGCGCGAUGGCGGCGGCGCUGGUCGCGAGCGCGAGCGGGGACGGGACAGUCCGGGUGUGGUGCGCGCCGGACUGGACGUGCCUGCGGGUGCUGGUGAUGUCACCACCGCUCUCGCGCUUUGGAUCGGGCGGACACCCCCUGCACCAGCAGCAGCAGCAGCAGCAGCAGCAGCAGCAGCAGCAGCAGCAGCAGCAGCAGCACUACUCUUUGCCGCAGCCCGCCUAUACGCAACCCGCCCUCUUGGCAUCCGCGGCCGCCCAGCAGCAGCAGCAGCAGCAGCAGCCGCUGGCCUCGCCGAGCGCCGCCGCGGCCGCAUCGGCGUCGGCGUCGGCCGCGGCGCCCCCCGCGCCGCCGGCGCCGCCGCCGCGUCACCCGCAGCAGCACCAGCCCGGCGCCAACCCGGCGCUCCGGCGGCCCUCCAUGGCCCCGCUGCGCAUCGGCCACAGCAGCUUCUCGAGUUUCGACUUUUCCGGCGACGACUUCAGUUUCGGAGGCUCCCACGCGUCGCGCGUCGCCGGCGGGGGCGUGCCAGUGCCCGAGCCGCCGUUUCUCCGGGCCCACCAGAGCCCGCAGCAGACGCAGGUCGGUUUCUUUGUCGACGGCGGCGCCCAAAACGCGGGCGGCGCUGGCUACGUCGCCCCCGGCGCGCCGCCCGGCGCGGCGCCGAGCCUGCUGAGCCCGCGCGCGGCGGCGGGGCCCGGCGGCGCGCCCGACGGCGCGGCCGGCCAUCCGGCCGCGAUGUGCGUCGCGAUGGCGCGCGGCGUCGUGGCCGCGGGGUUUGCGGACGGCGCGGUGCGGCUGUGGCACGUCGGCGACCUGUGUAGCGCUGCCGCGGACGCGAUGGGCCGCGCGUUGCCGUUCACGCCGCCGUCGGGGGGGCAGCUCGAGAGCGCCCUCUCCAUGGUCGGCGGCAGCGACCUCCGCAACUUCGUGACCGCGUCCGCGGGCGGCGCCGCCGCGCUGCUCGGCGCGAGCCCGCCGCUGUCGCCGCGGAUUUCCGCCGGCGGGGAGCAGCUCGGGAGCCUGCUGACGCAGGCGGCGCUCGCGGCCGCCGCGGGCGCGGGCCCCGCGUUCGGCGGACGCUCGGGCAGCGCGGCCGCGGAAGCCGUCGCGCAGCUGCUCCAGACGCAGCAGCAGCAGCAGCAGCACCAGCAGGCGGCGGGCACGGCGUGCGCGCGGCUGCGGGCGGGCAGCCUCACGGCGGCGGAGGCGGCGCCGGACGGCGGCGGCGGCGCGUGCCUGGCGGCGGCCGCAUCAGCGCAGUGCGGCUGCUGCGCGUGCGGCAGCAUGGACCAGCACUUGGUCAGGGCGCUGCGGGAGCUGGUGGCGAUCCGCACAGUCAGCUCGUCGCAGAAGCUCCGUGAUGAGUGCCUCAGGGGUGCCAAGUAUCUGGCGCGGCUCCUGGAGGGCCUGGGGGCGGAGGUGCGGCUGGCGGCGCACGCGGAGGGCAAGAACCCCGUGGUGAUGGGCCGCCUCGGACGGUGA